AUGGUUGAAGGCACGACGACCAAGACAGCUCGACUCAACAAGGUUUACACUACCACUGGUGCUGAAGCAGAGACUGCAAUCAGAAGAUUCCAAGAAUUCAUCAAAUUCGAAACUGUUUCCGCCACCGCACCGUCCACAGGUGCUUACAAACAGUGUGCUGAGUUUCUCAAGAAGGAAUUAGAGAAUGUUUCUGUCUUGAGCGAUGUGCAUUAUCUAGAGGAAGCGCCUGAUCAUUCACCUGUGGUGGUUGCCAAAUGGAAAGGUCGAGAUGAUAAACUGCCAAUUCUACUGCUGAAUUCUCAUUAUGAUGUGGUUCCAGCAGACAUUUCCAAUUGGACUGUCCCUGCUUUUGAUGGAUUGCGAAAGGGUGGAAAGAUUUAUGGACGUGGAACCCAAGAUAUGAAGUGCGUUUGUAUGCAGUACAUUGAAGCCAUUCGAACGAUUUCUAAGCUGCAUCCCGAUUGGCAACCAGAACGUGACAUUUACCUAACAUUUGUUCCGGAUGAGGAGAUUGGUGGCAGUGGAAUGGCAGCCUUUUUGGAAUCCAAACUUUACAAAAACUUGCCAGGGAUUGGAAUUGCCUUGGAUGAAGGUCUAGCAAGCACGACGAACACGUUUGAUGUCUUUUAUGGGGAGAGGCUCCCUUGGUGGGUUGACGUCACAGCAGAGGGUCCCACAGGUCAUGGAAGCCGAUUCAUCGAAAACACUGCCGUAGAACAACUCUUGGAAAUGACGCAAAAGGCAUUGGCAUUCCGAAAGGGUCAAAAGGAUCUAUUGGAAAUGAAACACGACGAGAAUUGUGCUCAUGCAGUAGCACGGAAGAAACUAGGGGACGUUACGAGUCUGAACAUUACGACGCUUCAAGCGGGUGUUGAAGUGGGGGAUACCUAUGCCUACAAUGUGGUCCCUUCCAUUGCAAGGUGUAGCUUUGACAUUCGGAUUUCUCCUCACAUGCCUCCAUCCGAGAUGAAGUCAUUGUUAGAUGUAUGGUGCCAAGAGUGUAGCAAGAACACCGCUGGGGGGAGUAAAGUCACGUGGAAGCAUGUCGAUGGAAUGGAAGGAGGCGACAAGCAUGCUACUACGGAAACAGAUCGCAAGGUGAAUCCUUGGUACGGCGUCUUUUGCGAUUCCUUGGCCAAUAUGGGAUGUGAAAUCGUUCCUCAGGUGUUUCCAGCAGCAACCGAUUCUAGGUUCUUGCGAGCACUUGGAGUUCGGGCACUGGGAUUUUCGCCGAUGCGAAACACUGAAAUCAUGCUCCACGAACAUGAUGAAUAUAUUCCAGAGUCCACGUUUCUCGAGGGGAUCGGAGUUUAUGUGGGCCUGAUUCAAGAUCUACGACAAAGCUAG